AUGGCCACGCUUGACAUAUGCGCCUUCUCAUGCAAAGGCAUAGACAUCAGUAUUAAGAACUACCAACCCUGGACGAACUGCAAAGCAGCUGCUGUAUUCUUGGUACCAUGGGUCGACCACAAAACCGUCAACAUGACAGGCCUCGUGACCUACCUCCAGUCCUUUGGCGGGACAGACGUUCCUGAGUGGAAAGCGAUGAACUGGUUCUUCUGCGCAAAGGAGUGCGCUAAUAGGGAGAUGAACGAAUGGUUGAUCUAUAAGCCUAUGAGUAUAUGCAAAGACGAAAUGUGUGAGGUUUGGGAGUGGGAUGGCAAUGCUGACAUUGUUGGCAUUGGGAUGAUGUUGGUUUACCUGAUGGGUGCUAUUCUCGCCACUCUUUACGUGGCAUCGUCCUUGAGCAGUAUGUAUGUCGAGAGCGAUUACACUACCUUCAAAACCCGAACACCAUCGAAGGAACAGGGUUUCUGGAAUAGCAUUCGCAGUAUGUUUUAUAACAGCCUCGGCGCGUUCCACACUGCCUUAGGCCUUUUGACAGCUUCAGUCCUACUCGCUACUCUUGUCAUCUGCGGUCGGAAGGAGAGCGUGUACGACAUUAACAUGUCACGACUCGCCUGUGCUGUUUUGUCAGCGUCUGACUUUCUCACUCUUCCAAUUUAUCUCGACAUUGAGCGCAAGUCCAUUUCUGGUUGCUUGAUGGGGGUUGUUAUAGGGAUGCUCUUUACAGUAAUGACGAGCUUUAGUUCUACUGCUGAAACUGCAGCUAGAUUGCAUGGAAGAGUGCCUUUUGAGGCAAAUUGCUGGGACUCAAAGGCAUCGCUCAAAGCCAUUAGUACGAUACUCGCCUUUCACUUUCUUCCUGCUGUCACUGCUAUGCUCGCCGGUUUGACAUACCUUGUUGGAAAGUACGCCAAGAUCUCAGCGGAACAAGUACCCGUGCUAGGCUGGCUCUUCUUUCGUGUACCUUGGAUUUUGAGCUCUGUCUUCUUUUUCAUCUUCAUGUGGACUGCCCUUGGGAGUCUUUUCACACUGAGGGCGGAUAUUGCGAGUGUAAAUGGCGGGGGAGUGCAGGAUUCGGAGGGCUCUUGGGGGUUUGGACAGAUUUUGGCGCUCGCGACUUGGGUUCCUGUUAUGGAAGAAGCAAUUGUUAUUCUUUUCAAGAAUGGCUUGUACGUAAACCAGCGGCGGACCAAUAAGCAUUACGUUAGUGUUGAGGCCUUUGCUGGGACAGAAGAGGCAGAGGCGUUAGUCCCUGUGCAAACACAAAGUCAGGAAAUGGAAGCUCUUAGGAAUAUGCCUUGA